AUUGGUGAAGAGCCUUUCAAAGGAAAAUAGAUAAAAUAAAUGAUACAUAUUCAACUUUCAACAGUCCACCUGAUUUACGAUAAAUUUGAUUGACGUGUUGUCAACUACAUAAUUUCUACGAUUUGAAUCAAACGACAGGAAUCAUGACUGGUUUUAGAACAACUUUGAAAUGUGUAUUUGGCCCAAAAUUAUAUAAAAUUUAUCGAGGAUCAGCCGAUCAUAACAAUAAACAGUAUGAAAUGUCAGGCCUCGAAAAGUACGGAGAUCAAAUUGUGAAUACAAUGAAUAUUAUGUGGAAUUUAAGCUUAUAUACCUCACCAAUAAUAAUAUUGUAUUUAUAUCGACGUAACUAUUUUAUGCCCGAUGGUUUGUAUCUAUUAUUAAAAUUUACUACAAGUAUAGGUGCCGUAUUUGCAAUGUCAUUGUAUAUGCGAGGAUGGGGACGAGCGCAUCAACCUGUGUAUAUGCAGUUUUUAAAAACUCUAGAGAACUAUCAAAAGAAAAUGACUUUCGACAAUAAAAAAGCAUUACAAAAAUACGAUUUUGAAUUUCAUGCUUGGCCUGUUGAGUAUCGAGCUACCGCCAUGAAUAGUUCUCUGUCAAAUAUUAAUAAAUUAAAUUCAAUGAAUAAACCUGAAGCGUUUUCUAAUGUUUUAACGUUACCAUUAGAUAUAAUAGCGUAUUUAGCGAUUCACACUUUUGGUAUAAGAUUGAUUUAUCCAGGAUCUAUUGGUAUUAUUCAAUCACUUUUAGCGGCAAACUUAUUUCAAGGCCGAGCACGAUUGAUAGAAGCUUUUCAUGGUCAACGAACAAAAUUGCAAACACGCGAUAAAAAUGAAAUCGAUGCUAUGUUUAUUGACAAUCGAAAAAAAACACCAAUUGGUAAUAUUUUGUUUAUAUGUUCAGAAGGAAAUGCCGGUUUUUAUGAAAUUGGUAUUAUGAGUACACCUAUUGAUGCUGGAUAUUCUGUGUUAGGCUGGAAUCAUCCUGGUUUUGCAGGCAGUACAGGACGUCCAUAUCCAACUCAGGAACAAAAUGCUAUUGAUGUAGUGGUUCAAUAUGCUAUUCAUGAAUUAAAAUUUCCAGUUGAGAAUAUUGUUUUGUAUGGCUGGAGUAUUGGUGGAUAUUCUACAACUUGGGCAGCUGCUGCUUAUCCUAAUGUUCGAGCAGUGGUUUUGGAUGCUUCUUUUGACGAUAUUUUACCAUUAGCACUUCAACAUAUGCCGAAAUCAAUAGGACCAAUUGUUCGGAUAGCUAUUAGAAAAUUUGUUAAUUUAAAUAAUAUUCAAUUUUUAAAAGAGUACCCAGGGCCUGUGUUGUUUGUUCGUCGGUCAGAAGAUGAAGUUAUUUGCACAGAAGAAAAUAAUUUAGCAACAAAUCGUGGUAAUUUUAUUGUAUCGAAGUUAUUGCUACAUCGUUAUCCGUUAAUAUACAAUAACAAAGAACAAAUAUCAAUUUUAACUGAUUAUCUAGCAUUAACUGGAACUGAACAAGAUUCAUAUGUUGCAAAGUAUGGUUUAACCGAUGAGGAUGAAUGUGAAGCUCUUAUUCAAUCAUAUAUUCUACAACAUUCCAAAUCAUAUCCUAUGCAAAUUGGCGAUGAAAUGGAUACAAUAACAAAAAAUAAAUUAGCAUUAUAUUUGGCUAGAAAAUAUUUGAAAGAUUAUAAAUCCAGUCAUUGUACACCAUUACCGGUUGAAUUUUUACAACAAAUAUGGGAUACACCGUCAUUUAGUUCAUCUAGUUUCAAUUCUAGCUUAUCAUAAUUAUUUAUUAAAUCUUUUUUAAAACUUUAUUGUUAGUUUAAAAACAAUAGUGAUUAGCAUGAUUAUUGUCAUUUGUUUAACGUUGAUUUAAAAGAUCGGGAAAGUACAAAAUUCAAAUAUCAUUAAUGUUUAAUAAUUUUUCGC